AUGCCGAUAGCUAACUCGAUCGAGGAACGCUGGCCGCUCUUGCCCUCGAUUCUUCCUUCAUGCCUUGUCCAGCCAGAGUCUAUCCCGGACAACGGACCCCCGCCACAUGUCCCAGUGAUGGACAAGUCACCUUCCAUUCCUCUUUGGUGUUUUGAGCCUGCUCCACCUCCGUAUUCCCGCUCCUCUCCUAUCCCAGCCGCUAUCCCGAUCGAUGAAUCACCUACGAACGAUGCGCCAUCACACUUGCCUUCCGUCCCACUUUCCUGUCUCAUCGCUCCCAAUGUGCCCCCUUCCAAGGAACCCUCGAUGGGUUCCAACAUGGGUUCCGAAGGUGUAGAACCCCGCCGCUCAUCAUCACCAGAACGGCUACUUGGCAUUCCUUAUCUCGAGGGUGCCAGGCUUUUGCCAUUUGAGGACAAUACAGCCAAUCGGGAUGAUCGCUUACCGUCUAUCCCGGCUUGCUGCCUUAUCGCUCCUCAGGCAGACUCUCUGAUGGGUGUCUGCAGUGACGUGGUGAACGAUCCCGUGUUGUUGGGUUGGGAAGUAGGAACAGGUUUUUCUGAGCAGGUAUCCCCUACCCCCUCCACGAUGCUUGACGCCCUGCGUGGUUCCAACGCCCAUGAAGUCUUGUCCCGCUUCCACAGAGGAUGCAUUCUGUGCCUCUAUCAAACCGGGAGGGAAGUCCACCACGCAUCUCAGCUCAGCGUGGCUCCGAUUUCAAGACCGUGUCCUUUUUAUUCUCUCGGCACUCCAUACGAAGUCUUCAAGCAGGGUCUCCAUGGUGCCACUCCGUCAUGCGUAGCUUUCCAUCGAACCGUUGUUAGUGAACAAACGUAUUCAUAUUGCGGUUGUUGCUACAUUGACAAAUGCCGAUGUCACCCACCACAUCACACGUUUUGUCAUGCAGAUGAGUCUUGCCCUGGGAUAGAUGAUUUGGAUGAACGAGAAUGGUAUCAGCGUCUUCUUUAUCUCGCUUUCCGUCAAUGUUGGGUGAGAGACAGAGUGGCACCCCACUUUGGGCACUCUUGUGAGUCCCCAGGAUUGGGUAUGGACAACAAGACAGUGGGAGAGUGGGGACGUUGGGCAGCCCAUGUGUCAGCCGAGGGUAUGAGACGCGGUACCAUUGUAGCGGCCUUGGCAUGCCAAGAGCUGCACCUGACAUCUUCCUAG